AUGGGUUCGGUCAAACGAACCAUUAAUCUCGUGAAGGAGCUUUUGGUCCGGGCCCCACUGAUCUUGAAGACCCUCCUUCUGCAUGCCGCUCAGAUGUCCCCGGUGACGGGGAAGCAAGAUUUACGGACUGAGAUGACGGUCACUAUUAUUCGUUCAUUCCUGACCUUUAGCCGGCCCAUCACCAAGGUGCAAAAGGAAAGCAUGCGUGACCCCGGAAUCAAGGGUCCUAUGUGGGUGUCCAAAGUCACCCUUCCCCAACCCGAGUUUGAUGUUCGCGAUGCGGUGCUCCGUGCCAUUGAAGAUCUCAAGACCGGUGACGAGACGUACGAUGUUCCCGCCAUAGCCGCUGUGGAGGCCGAAUGGACGGGAUAUCGUAAGGAGGUUGGCAAAUACACACCUCCUCCCGACAUUUCCGAGGCCGAGAAAUACCGCGAGCUGCGAAAGGAGUCUCCAUCUGAUAUGACGAUUCUCUAUUUCCACGGCGGUGCAUAUUUCUUAAUGGAUCCAUGCACACAUCGUGUACCUGUGGCACAUCUCUCUCGCCUAACAGGAUCCCCCAUUCUGUCAGUGCGCUAUCGUCUUGCGCCACAGAACCCAUUCCCUGCGGCACUGGUGGACGCUUUGACAGCCUAUCUCUCCCUGAUUCACCCCCCUCCAGGAGCCUUACAUGAGCCCGUUCCAGCAAACAAGAUCGUCAUCGCUGGUGACUCGGCAGGGGGUAAUUUGUCUCUCGUACUACUGCAGACACUGCUCACUCUGAAACGUGCCUCGCGAUCCAUUCGCUUUCACGGCAAGGACGUAGAUAUUGAGCUGCCCGCCGGAGUAACCACUAUGUCACCGUGGUGUGAUCUUAUCCGAUCCUUGCCGUCCAUCAUCCAUAACGGAAAAUUCGACUAUAUUGGUUUGGGAGCCGAAGAAUCGGAGGGUCCAGAGGAACCGGCACCAUUUACCCCACUGCCAUAUCCGCCUGACAAUGUAUGGCCUCUUUCGCCGCCGCGUGCAGAUCUGUAUACGUAUGCAAAUAUGGCGCUUCAUCCACUUGCAUCUCCACUUGCAGCAAAACCAGACCUUUGGAAAGAUGCCCCGCCCGUGUUCAUCUCAUUUGGUGAAGAGUGUCUUGCCGAUGAAGACCUAAUCAUGGCACGUCGACUGCACCAAGCUGGCGUGGCUGUUGUCACAGAACAGUUUGAGGGAAUGCCGCACUGCCAUGGUAUUCUCAUGAUGGAUACCCCCACUGGGCGGCGGUUCUGGGAAGGUUUUUCAGGCUUCUGUCGCGAUGCUGCAGCUGGCCGUGUUACACCGACCGGGAAUUUGACCUAUGUUGGGUUCCAAUUGCGGUCGAUACGCGAGAUUCCCCUCGAGAAAGCGUGCAAACUGGACGACGAGAAAGUUGAUGCUCGAAUGCGAAAAAGCAUGGCCUGGCGACAACAUGAGGAAGAUAAGCUGCAAAAUGAGUGGCGCACAAGAGCACGAUUAUGA